CUUCAACUUACACAUCCCUCGCUUCCUAUUUACGAGGCAGCCUAUUUUACCAUAAAGCAACUAUUCUACCACUAGUUUCGUCGUAACAAUCAACCGAUGCGUCCUCAACUCCCAAUCCUUCUCUCCCUUUCCCUUACGUCCGCCCUCCCCAGCCACCCUCAGACAACCGAACUCACUCCCCUCCCACUGAUCGUCUGGCACGGCCUUGGAGAUGACUUCCAACGCGAUGGCAUGAAGGAGAUCGCCUCGCUGGCCGAGACCAUCAACCCCGGAACCUACGUGCACCUCAUCCACCUCGCACCGAGCGGAUCAGGCGACCGCCAAGCGACCUUCCUCGGCAACGUCACGGAGCAGAUCGCCUCCGUAUGCGACCAGCUCGCAUCGGACAAUAUCCUGCGCACCGCCCCGGCCGUCAACGCACUGGGUUUCUCACAAGGCGGUCAGUUCCUCCGCGGCUACAUCGAGCGGUGCAACUUCCCGCCCGUGCGCAACCUCGUCACCUUUGGCAGCCAGCACAACGGCAUCGCCGAGUUCCAGAGCUGCGGCUGGUCGGACUGGAUCUGCCGCGGUGCCGAGGCGCUGCUCCGCUCCGGUCGCUGGUCGAACCUCGUGCAGUCGCGCCUCGUCCCCGCGCAGUACUUCCGCGACCCGGCUGAGCUGGACGCCUACCUCGAGCACAGCAACUUCUUGGCGGAUAUCAACAACGAGCGCGCCGUCAAGAAUGCCACCUACGGGGAACACCUCGCCUCGCUCAAUCGGUUUGCCAUGUAUCUGUUUGAGGAUGACACCAUGGUCCACCCGAAGGAGAGCGCGUGGUUUGGCGAAGUGAACGCCACCUCGGGGGAGGUUACACCGUUGCAGGACCGACAAAUCUACAAGGAGGACUGGCUGGGUCUGAAGCAGCUGGAUAAGGCCGGGAAGCUGGAAUUCAAGACCACUCCCGGCGGACACAUGCAUCUGUCGGAGGAGGUGCUGGGCGAGGUGUUCCAGGAGUACUUCGGACCCGUGGAGGUUGAGCUUCCGCCGGUAGAGGCAGCGGAGAGGCCAGUCCUGGUGAAACAGGGGGAGUGAUAUAUUAUACAUUGACGAAACUUCAACUGGAGUCAGUCCAGGCGCAGGCGAAUGGUUUGAUCCGAGUAUGUGACAUGCUGAGCAUGCAAUGAUAGCUAGCAUCUUUAGAUCGAUAAUAUGGACGAGUCGUGUCGAACGAAGACAGGGGAGACCAGAAGACUGACUACCUACUACGGAGUACUGCGAUUUUCUUGUUACUACCGUGUAUAUACAUACGUAUGGUAGUGUAGACAGUACGACAGAACACUAACGAAGAU